AUCACAUCCGGGUAGACAAGGAAACGGAAGAGGCGUCCGCGGUGUUUACAUUCAGAGCAGCAGAAAAUAGUUUCUAGACUCGGAUUAUGAAAGUGUUUCCACCUCAAAGAGCGACUUUAAGAGGUAAGGAAAGUGUUUGGUACCUUUAAAAACACAUUUCUGUUCCUGUUGUUGGGCUAACUAGCUGUAAAAUUGAAUUAAAAGCGCUGUUGUUUGUCAAACUGCGACUUUUAGCUGGUGUAGACUGAAAACUGUGAUGAUUUGGAGCCUCUGUUUAGUUUUUCUGUAUUAUGUUAAAAAAAAAACAGGUUUCAGACUGGUGUCACUGUCGCAUUUUCAGCCCCUCAGCUCUUAAGAUAACAUCUCUUCCUUCUCAUCUUCUAAUGUCAGUGUUUUGGGGAGUUAUUCCUGAAAUUUAUCAGACUUUUUAAGACUUUGUGGAGAAUUAAUAAGCUGAAUUUAUCUGGUAUUCACAACUUGAAGUUACUGCCAUUAUAAUUCCAUAACUUCACCUUUAAUGCACUUUAAAUCUUCAUUUUAGAGAAUGAAAUUAUACGCCGGAAUAUCCCUUUAACUCCUUUUUCCUUCCUGCUCUAAUCUGACCGUACAUUUCUGUUUUUCCCCUCAGAUCUGUGGUUAAAAAACAGCUGAAACCAGUCAGUAAAAGAACAACUUUGACCUUUGAUGAAGUGAAACGCUGACAAAGAUGGCAGAGAAAGAGUUGGAGCUGGACCGUGAGGUUAUUUCCUGUUCGAUCUGUCUGGACCUGCUCAAGGAUCCAGUGACUAUCCCCUGUGGACACAGUUACUGCAUGAACUGUAUCAAAACCCACUGGGAUCAACAAGAUGAGGGGAGCGUCUACAGCUGUCCUCAGUGUCGACAGACCUUCACACCGAGGCCUGUCCUGGGGAAAAACACGGUGUUAGCACAUUUAGUGGAGGAGCUGAAGAAGACCGGACUCCAACCUGCUCCUGCUGAUCACUGCUUUGCUGGACCUGAAGAUGUGGCCUGUGACGUCUGUCCUGGGAGGAAACGAAAAGCUCUUAACUCUUGUCUUGUCUGCCUGGCCUCUUACUGCGAGAGACACCUUCAGCCUCAUUUCGAAGUUCCUCCGCUGAAGAAGCACAAGCUGGUGAAUCCAUCCAACAACCUCCAGAAGAACGUCUGCUCCAGUCACGAUGAGGUGAUGAAGAUAUUCUGCCGCACUGACCAGCAGCCCAUCUGCUAUCUUUGUUCGAUGGACGGGCAUAAAGGCCACGACACGGUCUCAGCGGCGGCAGAAAGAGCGGAGAAGCAGAAAAAUCUGGAGGCGAGUCGAAGAAAAAUCCAGAGGAGAGUCGAGGACAGAGAGAAGAACGUGGAGCAGAUUCAAGAAAGUUCGGCACAUAUCAAUUACGUUGCUCAUAAAGCGGUUCAAAACAGCGAGAAGACGUUCACCGACCUGAUCCGCCUCAUGGAGAAAAGACGCUCCGACGUGAAGCAGCAGGUUAGAUCUCAGCAGAAAACCGAUUUGAGUCGAUUGAGAGACCUUCGGGAGGCGGCGGAGCAGGAGAUCGCAGAGCUGAAGAGGAAGGACGCUGAGCUGGAGGAGCUGUCGCAAGCCGAGGACCACAUCCAGUUUCUCCAGAACUACCCCUCACAGUCAGCGCUCAGUCAAUCUUCACAUUCAAGCGUCUCAAACGCUGUAAAUCGGAGUCCCCUUCACGGUAUUUCAACUGCUGUGUCCGAAAUCGGACGGAAAAUCGAAGACAUUUUGAUGAGGAACUGGAUAGACGGCUCACAGUCAGAGACUCCAGGAGAUGUUUUGCUCCUAAACCCACAACCUCUAACCAGAGCGGACCUCUUCAAAUAUUAUGUCGACAUCACGCUGGAUCCGAACACGGCGCACCCUCAUAUUUUGCUAUCUGCGAGGAACAAAAAAGCAACACUGGAGACUGAAACGCAGACUUCUUUCGAACACCUGGACAGAUUCACGGAUUACUGGCAGGUCCUGAGCAACGAGAGCGUGACUGGGAGAGGUUACUGGGAGGUGAAGUGGAGAGGAGGACUCUACAUCGCAGUAACGUACCAGAGCAUCAGCAGAGGAGAGAGUUGUGUCGAGUGCGUACUCGGGCACAACGACAAAUCCUGGGCGUUGGAUUGCGACGGCAAAGGUUACCGCUUCUGGCACAAUCAAAGGAGCGACGAAAUCUCCGGUUCUCUGUGCACCAGAAUCGGCGUCUACGUGGACCACAGCGAGGGGAUUUUGUCCUUCUACAGCAUCACCGGGGUCACGAGGCUCAUCCACGGUUUCCACACCCACUUUGAUCAGCCGCUCUACGCAGGAAUCGGGUUUUAUUAUCCCGGAGACUCGGCUGAGUUCUGUAGACUGAAGUAGAAAUCUUAUUCUUUAACUGUUAAAAAAUCUGAAUAUUAUCUUCUUUUGUGUUUUUGUUUUAAAAGGUUUGUUUUUUUUCUUUUACGUAAACCUCCGAUCUAAUAAACCGACAACUUCUCUGUCAUUGCACCGUUAAAAAUAAAAGAAAACGACUUUAA